AUGUCCGACACCCCUUUGUUCAAAGAUACACCUGCACAGUUCUUCACUUCUGAACCUAUAUCAGUGCCGAAGAACUACCAGCACAUCUUGGCCUUGGCUUUUGCAGUACAGGAGAUCAAUGUGAAUCCCAGCAUCUUACCAAACAUCACUUUGGGCUUCCACAUCCUCAACAGCUACUGCAAUGCAAAGAUGACCUCUAAAGCCACCCUGAGCUUGCUCUCUUCACAGCACAAGUUUGUCCCCAAUUUCAAAUGUGACACACAGAACAAUCCCAUUGCAGUCAUUGGAGGACUGAGUUCAAAAACAUCUACUGAUGUUGCCACCACAGUCACCGUUUACAAGAUGCCACAGCUGCAUCAUUUUCUAAGGAGCAUCACGUUUAACAACAAUGCUGGAGAUACUGUGUGUUUUGAUGAAAACAGAGAACUGAAGGCUGACUUUGAUGUUACCAACUGGGUAACAUUCCCAAACGGAUCUUUUGUGAGAGUUAAAGUCGGAAGGCUAGAUCCUUGGGCUCCUCCUGGUAAAGAGCUGUCCCUUAACACUGAUCAAAUUGUGUGGCACAGAACCUUUAACCAGGUUGUGCCCCUUUCUGUCUGCAGUGAAAGUUGUCAUCCUGGAUAUACCAGGAAAAAGAAGGAAGGAGAGAAAUUUUGCUGCUAUGACUGUGCCCAGUGCCCAGAAGGAACCAUUUCUCAGCAGAAGGACAUGGAUGCCUGUGUCAAAUGUCCACAAGACCAUUUUGCCAACAACCACCACAAUCAAUGCAUUCCCAAGGUCUUCAAUGUCCUCUCUUACAAAGAACUACUAGGAAUCACCUUAGCUAUGUUGGCUGUUACCUUGGCUGCGUUCACAGUUUUGGUGCUUGUAAUUUUCAUAAAGCAUCAGGAGACUCCCAUUGUCAAAGCCAACAACCGGAGACUCACCUACAUCCUCCUCAUUUCCCUUCUGCUUUGCUUCCUCUGCCCCUUGAUCUUCAUUGGGAAACCUUUAGUAGUGACCUGCCUUCUCCGACAAACUACUUUUGGUGUUAUCUUCUCUGUGGCCCUUUCCAGUGUGUUGGCCAAAACCAUCACUGUAGUCUUAGCCUUCAUAGCUACCAAACCAGGAUCCAAGAUAAGGAAAUGGAUUGGGAAAAGAAUGGCAAAUUCCGUCAUCCUUUUCUGCUCCUUUAUUCAAGCAGGCAUUUGUAUUCUUUGGCUAAGCACUUCACCUCCAUUCCCUGACAUGGACAUGCAUUCAAUUACAGGGGAAAUCAUCCUGCAAUGUAAUGAGGGCUCUGCUAUCAUGUUCUACUGUGUCUUGGGCUAUAUGGGCUUCCUGGCUAGUGCCAGCUUUACUGUGGCUUUCUUUGCUAGGAAAUUACCAGAGAGUUUCAAUGAAGCCAAGUUUAUCACUUUCAGCAUGUUGGUCUUUUGCAGCGUUUGGUUGUCUUUUGUUCCCACCUAUCUGAGCACCAAAGGGAAAUCCAUGGUGGCUGUGGAAUGUUUUUCCAUCUUGGCCUCCAGUGCUGGUUUACUGGGUUGUAUAUUUUUUCCAAAAUGCUAUGUCAUUGUUCUGAGGCCUGAGCUGAACAAUAGAGAUCAAUUAAUAAUGAGGCGGGAAAUGAUGAAUAUAUAAUGUUAUUUCCUACUUUCAGAAUAGGAUUUCCAAUAGAUUCAGGAAUGUUGUUGAGAUUUGGGGUGGCGUCUGGGUCGGGCUACAAUUCAAUGGAGUCCAGCCAUUUAGUGUGGAAUGAUGAACGUAGUGGAUUAUUAAGGUUAAG